CGCUGCCGGGAGCCAAAGAGAGCAGGGAGAGCUCGGAGUCCGCGCCAUGGAUGCAGUGACCUUUGAGGACGUGCAUGUGAACUUCUCUCAGGAAGAGUGGGCUUUGCUGAAUCCCUCUCAGAAGAAUCUCUACAAAGAUGUGAUGCUGGAAACCUAUUGGAACCUUACUUGUAUAGGCUACAAAUGGGAAGACCGGAAUAUUGAACAUUAUCAAAGUUCUAGAAGACAUAGAAGCUAUAUCAAAUGUCCCUCUGGAUAUGGAAAGAAGCAUAGUACUUCUCUCUCUCCCAGAAAAAUUAGAAGAUAUAUAGUCAUCCCCACUCUGAGAGGAAGAGGUGAAUGUGAUACAAGUUUACAAAUAAUUGGUUAUCCAGCUUCAGUGGGAAUACAUCAAAAUAUUGACACUGGUAAAAAGCCAUAUGAGUACAAGGAAUGUGGAAGAUCUUCUGUCUGUCCUGGUUCACUUUGCACAUGUAAUGUGACUCAUACUAUAGGAAAUUGUUAUGAAUGCAAUCAGUGUGGGAAAGCUCUGGCUUCUUCCAGUUCUCUUCAAAGAUGUGAAAAAAAUCAUAUGGAAAAAGGAAGUGAUAAAUGUGAGCCACGUAGUAAAAGCUUUAACCGUCACGUAUAUCUUGAAGUACACAAGACAACCUAUAAUGAAGAGGAUAUCCAUGAAUAUAAUCAAUAUGAUAAAGCCUCCUUAGAAUUACAACAAAGAACUCAUUUGGAAAUGAAGUCCUAUGAAUACAAUCAAGAAGAUAAAGUCUUUGGGAGUCAUAGUUGUCUACAAGUAAAUGGAGCUAAUACUACAGAGAAAAAGUAUGAAUAUCAUCAAUGUGGUAAUGCCUUUGCAUAUCCCAGUUACCUUCAGAUACAUGGAAGAAUUGAUACUGGAGAGAAACUUUAUGAAUGUAAUCAAUGUGGUAAAUCCUUUACAUGUCACACUACUCUUCAAAUACAUGAAAGAAUUCAUACUACAAAAAAACCCUAUAAAUGUAAUCAGUGUGGUAAAGCAUUUGCACGUAACCGUUAUCUUCAAAUGCAUGAAAGAAUUCAUUCUGGAGAGAAACCCUACAAGUGUAAUCAAUGUGGUAAAGCCUUUGCAUUUCGUAGUAAUCUUCAAAAUCAUGAAAGAAUUCAUGCUGAAGAGAAACCAUAUAAAUGUAAUCAAUGUGGUAAAGCCUUUGCAUGUACCAGUUAUCUUCAAAUGCAUGAAAGAAUUCAUACUGGAGAGAAGCCAUAUAAAUGUAAUCAGUGUGAUAAAGCCUUUGCAUGUCGUAGUAAUCUUCAAAAGCAUGAAAGAACUCAUACUGGAGAAAAGCCCUAUGAAUGUAAUCAUUGUGGUAAAGCCUUUGCCUGUCACAGUACUCUUCAAAUACAUGAAAGAAUUCAUACUGGAGAAAAACCCUAUAAAUGCAAUCAGUGUGGUAAAGCCUUUGCACGUAAGAGUUAUCUUCAAAAUCAUGAAAGAAUUCACACUGGAGAGAAACCCUAUCAAUGUAAUCAGUGUGGUAAAGCCUUUGCCUGUCUCAGUACUCUACAAAAGCAUAAAAGAAUUCAUACUUACAAAAAAUCCCCCAGGAAUCUAGGAAAUGAGGUAUAGUCUUGACUGUCUCAUUCAUUUUCCACACUGAGCGCUCUCACUGGUGCUUGAAAUAAGAUUAAUAGAUUCAUGCCAUCAUUAAAAUAUUGUCUACUUUUCAAACUGUAGAUAUAUUGUCAUCUAAAAUUACAAUACAGGACAGUUUGAAUAAUAAAAUCUAUUUGUAAAUGAAUUUGAUAUUUUUCCAUGUAUUCUUUUUGUCUUGAUAAUUUGUUACAGGUGUAAUGUUAUUGUGUACGUUGUAAAAAUUCAAAUGCUGAUUUCUGUGCCCCCAUGUCUGGUUGCACUCCUUGUUAUGAGAAUCUACCUUUGAAACUUUACUUAAUUGUCCUCUGCUGUGUCAAUAAAGCAGCUUAACAGUCAA